GGUUAAUAUGCUACGGUGCACCUUCUGCAAUAAGGUGUUUCAGGGAACCCAAUUAUAUGCAAUGAAACACUUCACCCAGCAGAAUUAUUGCAAGAAGGUGUUCGAUGAUGCAUUGUACCAGAUUGCGCAGAAAUGCACACACCGCUUCGAGGCCGAUCAGGUAGAGAGGGUGCGGCGGUUCGCACACGAGCGUGGUCUUGACGUCCCGCGGUCGGGUGCGAUAGGUGGCGAGGCGGAGCGUCCUGCACAGGGCGUGGGCGAGGGAGAGGAUACCGAGCGUUAUGCAGAGGGAGGUGUUGCGAGAUAUGGGGAGGGUGCGGGUGCCGCGGAGGAGGACGAGGCAGACGUUGACCUAGAGGUUGGCGUGGCUGAGGGGGAGCGGACACCGAGGGGAGAGGGGGGCGUGCCGAAGUCCGAUCCGAUGGCUCAUAAGAGGGCGGUGGACUGGGAGCGGAAGUGCGGGAACAAGGUCGUCCCGCCUGAGACAACAUGCACGCCGAGUUCUUCGAAGAGUGUUGUUUCUUAUAGAGCAAGCACGUCGGGUUCUUCGAAGAGGAAGGAGGCGGGUGCACAACUUUCUGGCACCAAUGCAGGGAAGAGGCUGCAGCAACAGAAAAUGACGGACACGUAUAGUGGCGAGUGGAUUGACAUGCAAACUGUGGAGAUUCAUCGCGAGCAGUUGGCGGAGGAGUUGGAGGAGGUUAGGCAGCCAUUAUGGUUCGAGCACUUUCACAUGCAGCAGGGUAGGUAUGGGUCUUGGGGCGGGGCAGAGGGCCGCGCUCGAGCGCGUAGUUGCAGCGGAGACUGCGAGACGUUGAAGCGUGCGUCGUGGUGGUCUCAGUACGGGGGAGACGCGCCCGAUUUACAACAUUGUGCUCUUCGUUUGAUGCACAUGUGGUCCUGCGCCUCUCCAGCGGAGAGGAACUGGGCGGUCCACGAGGGCAUCCAUACGAAGAAGCGUAAUCAGUUGGCCCUCGAGAAGGUCGUUCAUCUUGUUGAGAUCACCGCAAAUGUGCGGUUGAUGGAGUAUAGACGUGCAGGUUGUGGAUACGUCCUCCCUUGGCAGCGAGACAAAGGCAUGCUUGACGCUCAGGCGGGAUUGGACGUGGAGCCUGUGCACUCGGGGACGAGGAGUGGGAUGACGGAGGAGGAGAUCGAGGAGCAGGCUGCCCUCAUUGCGCGCGAUCCCAUUAGGUCUUCUGCGCCGCCCCCUGUUGAGUCUGUUUUCGAUGCUCGUGCGACUGUCUUCCGCCCAUACCCCAGGGACGAUGACUUUGCGGACGAGAGGGAGUCGGAAGCAGCGGACGACCCGAUGCUUCCCAUCCCGCGUGAGAUUGAUGAGUUGCACGAGGGGGGCGACGUGCGUGACGAGAGGACGCACACCGUGCGGAGGGCGGCAGACCAGCGAGACAUGGAUAUGAUGGGGGGCGAGGAGUUUUGGGGAUCUUUCGGGGGCACGGAGGAGAGAUCCCCCAAUGCCGCGCGGGAUGAUACGCAUCCUCGCACGACCUUGCGGGAGGAGACGCCUGCUCCCAUGACUGCCAGUGAGGAGCCGGGUCCUGCCACGACAGCGCGAGAGCGGACGACUAUUUUGUCGACCGCACAGGAGCAGACGCCUGCUUCCACGACCACACGAGAGCAGACGAGUAUUCCCGCUACGCAGUCCGGACCCUCGUCCCCGUCGCCUCUUUCGCGUCAUUCUAUCCCAGGAUUCCCAGCAUCCGCUCUGACCGCUCCCGUUCUGCAUGACGAGCGCUCACCUGCAUCGGUCGGGAGGGAGGACUUGGGGUCCUCGUUGCGCAUCCGCGAGCAUGUAUCAUUGCUCAGCGUAGCCCGUCAGCUCGUUUUGGACCCGCGUGCAUCGAGCGACUUGGGGGAGAUGGGUGUUCAUAGCGGGGCACCAACGGUGGAGGAGAGGAAGAGACGAGCGGAGGAAAGCGGAGCCGCCGGAGCGGGCGGAGUUGAGGGUAUUCGGGGUAUGGAGGAGGAGGUAGCUGGAGUAGUGGGGGGCGUAGUGGAGGUAGACGAUGGUGCGCACGUCGAGAGAGAGGAGGCCAUGGCGAGGGUUGAUGAUGGUGAGCAGGUUGAGGGAGUGGAGGGUGUGCUGCCAUCGGAGGUUGAGAGAGAGGACGAUGUGGUGAGGACGCAGGAGGCGACGAUGAGGGACGAUGAGGGAGAGGAGGUUGUGGCAGGGUUAGAGGAGAGCGUGGUAGGGGUAGAUGAUGGUGAUGCCCAGGUUGAGAUGGAGGAGGAUGUGAUGAGGGCAGAUGUUGUUGCGUUGGUUGGGGGAGAGGAGGGUGUGGUAGGAGGGGACGUCGCCCAUGGUAGAGGAGAGGGAGGCGAUGACCUUGACCCGAUCGUCCAGCGUUUCAUCGAUGACGAGAUGGGUCCUGCACUAGCGGGUUUGACCCAGGGCACGAGGAGGGCACUGGGGGCGUCACCAUCAGGACAGAGGGGGGCGUCAGGGCUGGGGAUGGGGGAUUUCAUGGACAUGUCUUUGGGGGAUCCUCCCAGCCCUGGUCACGCAGAGAGAGAGGAUGUGGCAAGUGCCCUAGCAGCCGCUGGGUACUCCACACAGGAGAUCGAGCAGGCAUUUGCAGGACGCUCCGGGAGAGAGACAUACACGCUUCAGCAGGGGUGCGAGGAGGUAGUAGAGCAGCCACAGGAGGAGCGUGAGGAUGCACCCCCUGCAGAUAUCCCCGGAGGCAGCAGUUCGUUGGGGUCAGGUUUUGGGGAGGAGGCAUUUGUUCAGGUACCACCGGUCAUAGUCGUGGAUUUAGGAUCUGAGGCAAUUUUUCAUACACUGGUUAGUGGGCGCCAAACUCCUCAUGAUACAGCUCGCUCAUUGGAUUUCGCGGAGCUCGCACGGGUUGCUGUGCGUGACGUGACACGGCAGGAGGACACCGACCCUAGCAGAUCACUUAUGCCGCCUCCUCCUCCGAGAUCACGUCACAUCGAUUCCCCCUCGACACCAAUCGGUCGGCCCCCCCAUUCACCAUCCACGCCCACCAGACCCAGGGUUCGUGACACGACGGCUGUAGGGAGCCUCCCUCUUGACACGUCGCUAUUCGGGAGGACAGAUAUCGACCUGGACUACAUGCGUCGGGUCACAGUGCACAUUGCACGACAGCAGCCAGGUUUGGGUGGGGCUGACACCGGGAGGGGUGCGCCGAGGGAGGUCAUGGCGGUAGUAUGUCAGCCACGAGAUGUUCGCGGGGUUGGACAGGCCGCUUUGGCAGCAGCAGCACGUGCUGUGCGUGACCAGACUUCGCGCAGGAGCGGAGUAGCUCGUACGCGUUCCAUGCCUGCCACGGGGGAUGCCGCAUUGGAGGAGUCUUCUGGAGCCGAGGGGUUGGAGAUGUCGCGCGGUUCUCGUCGUGAGAAGACAGUCACAGAGGUAACUCAGGUGAGUGCUAGGCUUGUUCGGGUGAGGACGGGGGCUGCCCAUGUGACCGUGGUGGAGGACGAACCCAAGACGGAGCCUGGACAUGAGGAGGCCCCACAGGAGGGUGACGAGUACAGGGACGACGAGGAGUGUAAGGAGGAGGAGAGCGACAGUGGGAAUGAUGACAGCUACCACGACGACGACGAUGAGCGCGGCAUGGUUCUCGUAGACGACGUGGCUCUCGUAGAGGACAUGAUGACGUAGACGACCCGUGCCCUCCAGGACGGCAGGAGACGAGGAGUCGGAGGAGGCGAGGGUCAUCCGUUGCGA